AUGGAAACUGUUGAUCAAAUUUUCUUACUGUUCAGCAUCGGCAUGAUCAUAAUUAUACUCGUUUUUUCAUGUGGCGGCGAUAGUACUAGUCCCACAGGAUUACCUGCCGAGACAAUCGACCAAACUCCGCAGCCUCAACCAGACAUUGAAACUGGACAAAGGAAAGUCCUAAUGUUCAAAGAUAUCGAACAAGAAGAAGAAGGAGGCGGUAAACAGAUUUGUUCAAUUUGUUUGGAAGAGUACGAGGAUGAUCAUGAGAUUAUGCGUUUAAACAAGUGUGAACAUAUUUUUCAUCGUUUUUGCAUUGACUCUUGGCUUGCACGUCACUGGAGCUGUCCAAAUUGUCGUCGUUCUGUUGAUCUGAAUUCUUGA